GGGCUUGGGAGCACGCGUGAGUCCCGGGCUGGACUUUUGGUCCGUGGAUCUUGUGCAUGGUUUUGGGGGCUCAGUAACUCGUUAGUGUCUGGCGCCCAGCUCACACUCCGUGCCUUCCUCUGGGCCAGUCUCCACCCCAAACUCCCGGCAGGACUAUAUUGAUGAUGUGAUGUGGAGAUGCAUCUCCACAAGUCGGCAGCUAAAGGUGGGAAAGGAAAAGUGUCUCUUAAUAUUUUAUUCCGGAACCGUGUUUUGGUUACACUAUUGGGGCUACUUUGAAAGGAGUCCUCCGCCCAUCUUCACCCCGAAAACAAAUGGUAAAUAAGGCCGGCCGUCUUUGGAAAGGCCAUUGAUCUGCCUCAUGUAAAGUAUGCUCAGCUCCUUUCCAGUGGUUCUGCUGGAAACCAUGUCUCACUACACAGAUGAGCCCAGAUUUACCAUAGAACAGAUAGAUCUGCUCCAGCGUCUUCGGCGUACUGGGAUGACCAAACAUGAAAUUCUUCAUGCAUUAGAAACUUUGGACCGUCUUGAUCAAGAGCAUAGUGAUAAGUUUGGAAGGAGGUCCAGCUACGGGGGAAGCUCGUAUGGGAACAGUACCAACAACGUUCCAGCAUCUUCCUCUACAGCCACAGCUUCCACGCAGACCCAGCACUCGGGAAUGUCCCCAUCACCCAGCAACAGUUAUGAUACCUCCCCACUGCCUUGCACUACCAAUCAAAAUGGGAGAGAGAACAGUGAUCGAUUGUCCACAUCCAAUGGGAAGAUGUCACCAUCUCGCUACCAUGUAAACAGCAUGGGUCAGAGGUCAUAUAGCUUUGAAGCCUCAGAAGAGGACCUAGAUGUAGAUGAUAAAGUGGAGGAAUUAAUGAGGAGGGACAGCAGUGUGAUAAAAGAGGAAAUCAAAGCCUUUCUUGCCAAUCGGAGGAUUUCCCAAGCAGUUGUUGCACAGGUAACAGGGAUCAGUCAGAGUCGAAUCUCUCACUGGCUGCUGCAGCAGGGAUCAGAUCUGAGUGAGCAGAAGAAGAGAGCAUUCUACAGAUGGUAUCAACUUGAAAAGACAAACCCUGGGGCUACGUUAAGUAUGAGACCUGCCCCCAUUCCAAUAGAGGACCCUGAAUGGAGACAAACACCUCCCCCAGUCUCUGCCACACCUGGAACCUUCCGGCUUCGACGAGGGAGUAGAUUUACCUGGAGAAAGGAGUGCCUAGCUGUCAUGGAAAGUUACUUCAAUGAGAACCAGUACCCAGAUGAAGCAAAGAGAGAAGAAAUUGCCAAUGCUUGCAAUGCGGUCAUACAGAAGCCAGGCAAAAAGCUGUCUGACCUGGAACGAGUUACGUCUCUGAAAGUAUAUAAUUGGUUCGCUAAUCGGCGGAAGGAGAUCAAGAGGAGAGCCAAUAUCGCAGCAAUCCUGGAGAGUCAUGGGAUCGAUGUACAGAGUCCAGGAGGCCAUUCCAACAGCGACGAUGUGGACGGGAACGACUACUCUGAGCAGGAUGACAGCACGAGCCAUAGCGACCACCAAGAUCCCAUCUCGUUAGCUGUGGAGAUGGCGGCCGUCAACCACACUAUCUUGGCAUUGGCCCGGCAGGGAGCCAAUGAAAUCAAGACAGAGGCCCUGGAUGAUGACUGAUCAGGGAGUUAAACAGUUAACUUAGUUUAGACGUAGCACCUUAGCAGACUUUCCUCGGUCCUUAACAUGUGUUCUUACAGUAUAACUUACAGUUCCUUGUAUGUCAGGUAGCCAUUAGGGUCUUGUUCUGUGAAGAUGGCAUGGUGCCCUCAUUCAGCCUUUGCAUAUACUCUCUCAGUAUUCAAACUCCAGUAAGUAAGAAGCAAACAGACAAACCUCCCUCUCCCAGCCCCUGAGGUGAAAAGACAAAUCUCGCUGCUCUGUCUUAGCAUUCCAAGAAAGUGCUUCCAAGUAUUUAGAUAACCCUCAGUUCUCAAAUAUUAGGCUCUGUGUAAAAUCUUGGGUACCUUUAGAUUCCUGUAAAACUAGGCUGUACCCCGUCCCCGCCCUAAGACUGAUGGGAUGCAGGCUGAGGCAGUGGCACAGGGCCGACAGACACCAUCUGGCAAGGAUCCGUGGAGCGGAGCACAAGGAACAUAGAGCCCCACCUCGGCGUGAGACGCACUGAUUCAGCUGCAAUAAGCCGCCUCCUGUCACAGUGUGGCCAGGCUCUACUUCUCUGGGUGCUGUGUUACGAAUGUCGUUGGAAUCCCAAGCUCAGAUCUUGGUUAAUGCUAAUGCCCAACACAGACAUCCUUCUGUCUUACAAGCUGUGUGACCUAGUAGAUAAUAUACUGCCUUCCGCCUUUGGGACCACGAUUCUAAAACAAAAAAGACAAAAACCAAGUUCUGAAAAGCAAAACCCAGCUUGAGAGCAGUAGGGAAAGCAUGAGCUGAGUGUCGGAUGGACGCUAAGCCCAGGUCUCGGGCCGCUAUACAUUCCACAGCGCGAUGCCAGCGCCUGCCUGGGAAGUAUUGGAGUUACCUUGGAAGUUGCUUUGCCUCCUGUUGGUGCCCCCUCCCUGCUACCAGAAAGUAUAGAGCUGAGGUCAAGAGUGAGUGGAAAGCAGGCUUUGUACCUGUCACCUGAGGCCCACCAAGGGUUGCUAGGACUCUGCUGGGGACCGUGGCAACUUGACUGUCACAGACGGGGAUCCUUGCCUAGCUAGGUGCAGAAAAAGCAGGGGACAUUGCCACCUACAUGUCGAGCGCGUGGGACAGCAGGACGUCCCUGCUGUGUUCCCUUUUCUGUUCUUGUGGAGGUGUGAAAGCUGUAUUGCUACAGGCGAUUUAUUUAAUAAUUGGAAGCCAUAUUGAUAAUGGAUGUGGUAAUAUUUGUAGUUUAAUCUACUUUAAGCGGCAGUAACUAAUGGAAUUUUUUUCCUUGAUCACAUAUGUAGCACUUUUGUUACUUUUUAAAGAUAUUUAUAUUUGAUAAAUCUUUUUUUCAUUUUGAGAACUCAAAAUACCAAACAGUGAACUUGCGUUAUAAAGUCACCCUGUGGUCACCUUGUCAUCUAGUAGCAAAAUGAUGAACUAUUCAUGCAUCAAAGAAAAUUACAUCCGCUGGCCUUGUGUGAAAAUGAUCUCCUGGAGCCCUGAUUAAAUAGCACACUGUCACUGUGGGUAAGAAGAAACAGCCUUCAGUGAAUUGGUGCAGUGUGUGCUGAGAGGCUAAGCGUCUCCUGCCUCCCCCAUCUAUCUCCUCUGUUUGUCUAACGAAGGUUUGCUUAGAGGCAGUGUGGAGUGGGCCUUUGAGCAGGUUUCCAUCUUUUUGUCUAUUGCCUGAACCAAUCUCUAAGAUAGAAAGUAGGUGCCAUCUCCUCACCCCCUGCUUCCUCACCAAGUGUGUUCAGUUUCAAAACUAUUGCAGACCCUCCUCCCUUUCCCCCGGGCCGGAUACUCGGUAUCCUCUGAUCUUACCAGAGCACACUGUCUGGAUUAUCCCUUCGGUAUGAGUCUUGGUUACAGGAAUGCGAGGAGUCAUCUUUGAGGGGCUGAGGAUGCUACCCAGCCUACAUCUGUGACUUUGAAGGGCACUAGGUAGGGCUUGGCCCUGCUCCAAUCAGUAGAUUUCAGGGGGAAAUGUAUGCAUUUUUCCCAGCUCUGAGGACUGAAGUAAAAUGGAGCCAUCUUCUCUUACUGUAUUACUUGAACCCACAAAUUUAAGAGUAGCAUUUCUUAUUCUCAGGAAAGAGCCUCCCACCCCCUGCACCUACUUAGUAUCUUGAAUGGUUUAUUUGAUUUUUUUUUGUUUGUUUGUUUCACUUAGGAGACUGCAUUACCAUUCUUUCCUUUUGUUUACUUGGAAGGAAUAUUCCUAUUAUGUCUGUCCAUUUUGGUGGAGUUUUGUCUGCUUAUUCUCAGUUGAAUCAGGAAGAACAGGAGAGGGGGGAAGACGUAUUUUCCAACAAGCCACAUCCAUGAUUUACCAUGAGAUUAUGAUGACUGACAGCCUCUUUACGAUGCCGCUGUUGUUUCUUCUCCCUUGCCUUCUUAAAGGAACAGGCUCCAGCUGUUAGACAGCUCCAGACUCUAAGGGAGCUCUGCAGCAGAAGAGCAAAGUCAUCCUAGGGCCUUUUAGAGAGAAUAGUGCAGCAGAGGACACCAAGCCCUGGCUGGUACAGGCAGUACCAGCUCUGUGUGGCAGUGUGGUGGCCCUGGAAGAGCACAGUUACCAUGGAGCCUGGCUCCGUGGUGAGAGCCCACAGCCUCACUGCCUUACGGGGAACCUGCGCUCUCGCGCCUUCAGCAGGGGUUUGCUUCUUUGGGAUCAAGGUUCAAAAAUCAGGCAAUUUUCCUGGGUCACUAGGUUUGAGUCUACUUUUGAGUCCUGGUCCCUGAGCUCUUAGAAUGGCCACAGAAUAUCCACAGUCAGAUUCAUCCUUUGUGCUCCUUGCUUGCCCUGUCUCUCUCUCACCUCCUUCUGUACUUCUUAUGGUCCCAGAACUCUUCUCAACCAGUGAAUACUGGGAGGAGGAGAGGAGGGGCGCAGGCGUUGGUAGACUGUGAGGUUACAUUUAUUUAAGAAUUACUGUUGCUGGGUAGGAAGGUAAUCUCCCACCUUAUAGUACCUUACAUGGCAACCUGUUAACACAGGAGCCUUCUGGGAUACUCCUGCCUGUCUGAGAGUCACAGCCAGGAGGCAGCAGUGCUCUCCUGUGUGACCAUGCAGGAUCUCAGAACCCAGGAGACUUGAGUUCACAGCAGGCACGUUUGUGUUGAACACUCCUUCAGGCUGGUUACAGAAAGGGAGGACCUGGGAUGGGGAGGCAGAUAGCCUUUGUUGCUUUCACUCCAGCUCAGUAGGUGACCUCAGAAAGACAUGAGCACAUUGGAAGGCUGCUUGGACCUCUGUGCUCCGCUCCAGAGCUCUGAUGCCUGGGAAGUUUGUCACUCGGCCACACCCAUUAUUUUAGGACCAGACAUCUGGGAAUGUUUUUACCUCAUGGGGACGGCACUUGGGAAGCUGAUAGUUGUCUCCAUUCUCUCUGGCUUUAGGAACUCUUUCUUUAAACUCCUCUUGGAGACCAGUCAUCAGACACCAGCGGCAGCAGAUGCUGUUCUGUCAGGAUGCUCCCGGCACUCUGUCCAUCCCUACAUGGCUUCUCCUCUCCAUUCUGCCUCUCUGCACCGCAUCUCUGCCUUGAGCCGAUGUCACUGCACAUUUUCUGUCCUCUGAACACAGACCCUCCUUCCCACGACAGGCAGUCAGUGCUCCAUCUGCCAAACCUGUUACCUUUGUCUACACAGUGAAAAUAAUCCCUUCCUACAGUGACUUCUCUAUCCUGUCCUAAAAGGGUUCACGCCAGGUCCUUUCUCUCCCUGGUCUCAAAAAGGUUGUGGUUAGAAGCAGGACUCCCAUCUAACUCAGCUCUGCUCUAGCCCAGAACUUUCUUCCUCUUUGGCCUAGACUUUCCUGUGAGCCUCCCCAAGUUCUUAGGCAAUAACUCCGUGUGUAGUGGUGGACUCCUGUCCUUUGCCUCCUGCAUGAGCGCCACUCUCCCUCCAUCUCGGUGAUGUUCUCCUCUCGCUAUGGUUUUUAGCUGUUUUACUACUGUAUUUAUUGAGGCUGUACUGAGACCAGCCGAUUCCAUGUACAGCGUUACUGAGCCGAAUUUAUUUUUUUAAGAUUUCCCAAGUGAAGGUUGGGCACAUCGUCCCGUUCUGAUGUGUAUGUUUGAGUGGAGCUGGGUGGGGUGCACUGGAGCGGGGGUAGGGGUUGCACAUGCCCAGCACUCCUCUGUGUGUGUUCUGUACGUUGCAAAUGUGUUUACUCAGGAUUAGGCCACCAGUUGUCAGCCAUACCGAAUUUAACAAACUGCACUGUGGCUGUGAAAGCCCUUUACCAUUUCUCUCCUGUGCCUGUCACCACUGUCAGAGUAAGCACCUGGACAGCAGUGGAAGGCUUAGCAUGGAGGCAGCCGCAGACGGCCAGCUGCUUUCUAAGGCCUUCAUGGUAGCCUGUGGUCAGAACAGAUCCUCCUUCCUGCACGGUGUCCUUCAUUACACACACUCCAUUUCAAAGAUGACCAUCCCUUAAAAAGAGUGAUCUCCUUGUUGUGCUAGGGAACCGACAUGCAAAGGCCAUACAGCAGGGAAGGCUUUGAGGCCCAUCACAUCAUCACGCCAGUGUUGUGGUUGCAAAAGCUCAUCUCUUACAGAGUAUGUUCUAAAAGACUUUCCCCAGUGCCGUUUGUUUCUAACCCUAAGGAGAGAUACUACUUAUGGCAACAUAGAGGGCUGGCACGCUUAGAAGAACACUUUGUGCAUAUCCAUGGACUGGCAGAAGCUGGGAGUUUGGAGAUUGAGAGUUUAUGUAGAUCCUCAUUACACUACAUUUGUGGAGGGGGUGUUAAUUGAGAAAAAAAGAAAGGUCAGCAACCUGAACCACCCAAAUCCUCACAAUACUAGUUUUCUUCCUGAAUCAAGAGAGGACAAGACUGAAGGAAGGUUCUGCUCCCCCCACCUGGCGGUUGCCUUGCAAGCCCUGGUGUCUAUGUCUGCAAGCUGCUUUAUCGUUCUUGGCAUCUGGCAGAACUAAAUCUAGCUGGUCCAGUUCCGGUGAGAUAUGAGUGGCCUUCUUCCACUUGUAGGGGAACUUUGCUGCCGUCCUUGGCUGACAGUCCCUUUCUGUGACCAAUUUUCAGGCUGUACAGCUCCAAGCACUGUUGUUGGGGAGCUUGAUGCCCCACUUAACGCCCAAGAGGCCAGCUCCCCUGGCUGCAUGUCCGUCGUUUCUCUCGUUAAAUAUGACUGGCUCUGUACAGCCAUAAUUAACUUACAAAUUCACGAUGGUGUGCUGUGAUCAAAUGAAGGUUUGGCAGAAUCUUUCUUCAAAUUGUAACCAUGGUAAUUGAGGGGGUGGCAUAGAAUGAAUAUAUAAAAGUAUAAAGGCAAUUGUUCCGAAUGACUGAGUGUCCUCCUGACAUGUAAUUAGCUGUUUUAGCAGGGUGUAGAUUGGCAUGGUCAUAAUGAAGAGGAUUUCUGUCCUUUAUGUGACUGAGAAUAGCACAGCGCCCAUCCUUGUUCCCUUCGAGCACUAAUGCUCCUGAGAACAUUCGGAACAACAGCUCAGUAAACCAAAAUAAUGAUAUAGGAUUCGUCUCCCACCAGAGAGAGAGAGAGAGAGAGAGAGAGAGAGAGAGAGAGAGAGAGAGAGAGAGAGAGAGAGAGAGAGAACGCAUCGGGGAUCAUUUCAAAUCCAGAAUGGAAGGCUUUGCUUAUUGCUUGCAUCUGACUUCCAAAUUCUCUUAAACUCUUGUGUCCAGUUUCAACUGAUUCUACUUUGGCCAGAAGCUAGUCACUAUCUCAAACUGAGGCAGCAUCUGGCAGAGUGUCCUGGUCCCCAUCCUUUCCCUGGCAGCCAGAUACCUUACCUGGGGACACUUGCUGCUUCACUGGGCUUCCUGGCACUUUCCAGCUUUUCCUUGGAAACCUGAUUAUUUCCACUGCCACGACCAUCAGAGAGUAUUUGCUGCACUGAAGUUACAGUUGGGUGGUGUUUCCCUUCUGGGACCCUGAGACCAAGAACAGACAACAUGACAGGGACACACACAUCGACAUCACCCACGAAUACAUGGACUCAGGCUCCGUGUGCACACCCCAGCUUGCUCACAUCUGGCUUGUUCAGCCCCUACAAGCAUCCCAGAGCUAUUCGGCUGUCAGUCCUGGGUUCCUGGCUCUGCUGAGGCCAUGUGCACUGUCCCCCAGUUUGUUUCUCGUAAGCACCUGUGCCUUCAGGUGGGCAUCAUAGAACCCUCACAGCCUGUAGCGUCCUCUGGACCGCACACUCUCUAACCCCUCUCCAGCUGAUGCUUAGUUGGACUUUUUCUUUUUUUUCUAGUCAUCCUUUGCAGGAGCCUUGAUUCAAUUAGAGCGUCAGAAGGGUCCACCGGAAUGCCAGCAGCUACCAGUGCUAAGUGGCCUUUUAUAAGUUCUUCUGCCCAUGAGGCUCGACCCAGGUGAGGUUAACUUGAGUUCAAGAGCCCUGUCUUUUUUUAGGCUGAAAACUGUGAGAUUAGUUAGUAACUCUGUGUGUGUGUGUGUGUGUGUGUGUGUGUGUGUGUGUGUGUGUGUGUGUGUGCAGGCGUGCACGCUGUCACGUGUACCCUUCUAUAGACUGUCCCAUCUCACCCAGAACACUAACUAACCAAGAUGCUGGUUCCAGCUCUGUUGUGUGGAAAGGCUGAGGUUGAGUAUGAGCCUGGAGAGGGCUAGAGAGCCUGUUUCCCUGGCACACAGACACACAGAGGAAGUCUCACUUCCUAGAGAUGCCUUGGUUGAGUCCUCCCAGGUACCUCCAGUGGACUGUGCAGCACGUGUCUGUCAGGAAGGUGGUCCUGGGAGGAUGGCCUUUGCUGAAGCCUCUCUAAGUUACCUUGUGGUCCCUUCCCAUACCUGCAGGUCAGAGGUGUGGUCCUUGGGACUUGUCAGCCUUGCUGUGGAUGUCGGACUUCUUAUUUUCCGAGCUGCUGAGCAACUGCUUUGUUCAUUAGAGGUUCAGGUCUGCCUUCUGGUUCCAUUUUGAAAAGUCACUGGUUAAGUUAAUUGUGUGACUUAUGAGACACAUACCGCACAGCAGCAGACAUUACAGUUACCUGUGAGCAUUCCAAGGAACAAACUAGCAUGCAGGUAGAAGUUCCUAGCCUCAUCUGCUCAGGUGCUCAAGGGGCCGCCCUGACUAAAACCACCCCACCCAGGGUAAAUAUUCAUGUAUGUCACAGGUAGCACCACCUCAAAACACAAAACCAGCUCAGCAGCCAAGGACAGUGCAGGUGGCACUCGUCUCAGAAGAGCCAGCCUCCCUCCCUUCCUCCCUCCCUCCCUCCCUAAGGAAAACCCUAGAGGUGAUUGUUGUAAGAAUCUAGAUACUGGUAUUUGGAAAUGUGUAGUCUUACUCUGCUGAGGUCACUGCCAACCCCCUUGCAGUUCUCAAGCACAUGGGGUCACCCCCAGUGCCACAGCCACUCUCAUCUCUGCAGCUGAAGUGCAUCACUGUGGGCUGAUGGUCCCAGCCUGCUCUUUUCAGUUCUUUUCAGCGCUUAGCUCCCUGACUGUGGGGCACCCUGCUUGAGUUUCUGAAGGUUUGUGGAACCCUCCUACAAACCCUGCUGUCCCUUUGCCAUAGAAAGGGAGGUAGAAGCAUUGUGGAGUCCAAGGUUUUGGAGCUCUGGUAUUAUUGUGACUCUGCCAUGGCCUUCCUUGGCUCCUUAUCAACACUGACUGACCCAUAAGUGGCAGCUUCUUGAAGAUAUUCAAAUUUAGACCAAGAGUAAAACUUUUUAAUAUCUAGAGUCCAAAAAUGGAGCAGGCUGCCUCAAGGUUAAUGUGGAGGUUUAAUGACUACUGGUCAGUGACACCAAACAAGGGACAUCUUCCAAAUGACCUGCUACACACACACACACACACACACACACACACACACACACACACACACACACACACACCUUCUUUUCUAGCUCUUUUUCUUACAAAAUUAGGUUCUCGGAGAGUUGGCUAGGUCACUGUCGUCUUGUGAUCUGUCACAUCAUGGGUAGCCUUAAAGCCCGAGAGAAUGAAAUACACCUGAGGAGCAAGGCGGAGGGACUCAGCAGGCUGGCUUUACUGUCUUCACUUUGCCCCAAACACCUUGGCUUGAAGAAAAAAAGAGUAUGGGUGCCUUUCAUUUUGGUGUAAUCAAGAUUUUGCAUCUUUGUUGGUGGCCAAAGGUGCUAUAGAAAGUGUGGGAUGGAAUCUGUGCCUGUGACACCUCCUAGGGCUCAAGACACAGACCAGUCCCAGGACUUGUGUCAAGGUUUUUUGCUCCUGCAAGGACUUAGCUUCCCAGCACUUCCAGGUCAAAUCUCUACAGUCUUGUUUGUAGCAUCCUCAGCCCAGAAAUCCCUCCCAUUUUGCUUUACUGGCAUUAAGAGCCCAGCCUAAACCUGUGAGGCCAUCUGUCCACUCUACGGCUUGCUGAGGCCAUUAGACUAGAAAACCAAAUGGCAUUAGAGCUGUAUGAAUUCAAACAGCAGCUUCUCUCUGAUGCUUCCUGGGCCCCGUCUGCAGGAGAGGUGUGUGUGUGAGAGAGAGUCGUGUGUACUGAGUGGAGGUGAGCACUUUCAGAAAGCACCCCUCUAUCAUUUGCCUUGAUGCCUGCAUUUCCCUGUUUGAAAGCAGUGGGGAUCUCAUCACGCAGCUCUGAAAAUGGGCACCAGAAAAACAAAACCAAAGUUCUCAGGGUGGGUAGGGCUCUUCCUUUCCGAGCACUGGCCAUUCUGGCAAGCGUUCUCCUUCAUGCUCUUGGGUUCUACCACAGCACUGCUCUGAAAGCUCUCUUCUUUCUUAGUGUUUCCUCAUAAUGACCCUAAACAGUGUGUCAGGGCAGUCUGUACCUCAUUAGGUGCAGAUCAGGGACCAUAGAUGCCAAACGGGCCCCUGAGCCACCACAUAACUUAACUAGCUGGAAGGUGCCAAGACUGUCAGUUAUCUCCCCUGGAAGAGCCUUCUCCAAUCUCCCCAUGGGCUCGGCCUCCCCUCCAUGGCCAUGGUUAGGUUGGGUCUGCAGUACCUUCUAGAACAAACUUCUCAUUUCUGUUUAAGUGCCUAAGCAAGUUACAGACCUCUGGAACCUGCCUGAGAGUUGGCCUGUGCCCUGUCCUUCCCACCAUGCACCCCGCCCCAGGACAGGUGUUAUGCACAUCCCCACUCCCCAACCCAGUGUCCCUGCCAUUCUGCAGGCAGAAUGGUCACAAGGGCAAGCAUGGGGAGAAGGCUGGCUUUGUCACUGUUUCCCGUGUUCUUUCUGUUGGUGUGACUGUGGUCUUGGGUCAGAGGGAGUUUUAAGGAAUCUACUUAGCUAGAGCUCGGUAGCUACUGAGCAGAAGAGCAGGAGUGAGACAGCCUCUGAGCAGAGUCCUAUCUGUCAGCACUUAGGGCCGUUUCCAGCUCUGAGAGGGCCAGCAGGCAGGGGUCAUGACUGAUAAACCUGUGUGCACUGGAGCCCUGACCGCAUGCAUCCACAGCCCAGAUACCAAGGAGCUGAAGGCCAUCAGCAGUAGAGUAAGAGCCAAUGUGCAUUUUUUAAAGUGAGUGAGAGACUUUCUUUUGGGGAAUAGUUUAAGUGUAAGCUAGAUCUGGGCCCUAUUUACAUGGGGUAUAGGACAGGUCGUUGACUGUGCUGUGCUUGGUUGGUUACAACGGUAACAGGAAGGAAGAAUCCAUUCCACAGGCACCUUAUUUCCAUUGAUGCAGGAUUUUUGUUCAGGCAGUGGAGGAGCAAACCCUGGGCAUUUGCAUGUAACAGGUGCAGAUGGCCCUGCCUCACCUAGAGAGGGGAAAGCAGUGGGUGAGUGGCCAAGUGGUGGCUAAAAGGAGGCUGUGGAGCAUGCAAAACCACACUUCCUCUGAGGACUGUGUCACCCUCUAGACGCAGCGUCCAUGGUCUACCUACCAAGCACCUGUCUGGCCUGGUGUAACUGAGGAAUGUCAACUGGAUGCAAAUUAAGGGACAACAGCAUUGAGUCAGAGCGUCAGGAGGACCAGGAUUCUGGGCCCUGACUGGACUUGAACGUUCUAGCAGGAGCCGAAUGCAGUCCUGUUGAGUUCCCUGUGGGUCUGGGAACAAGCUGGCAUGGGCAGCUGGGAAGUGGAAAGCAAGCUUACGUGUUCUGACCAGACACCAGGGACCAAAUGUCUUGAGGUUGCCUGCAGGUAUUCAGCCUAAUGGCUGUGUAGGAUCCUGCCAGAUGAGUCGGGGAGGGAGCAGGGCGCCCUCCUGGCCUUGGCGGUUGUGUGUCUUAGUCUCUGUGUUUCCCUUUGGUGUCUUCUCUGGUCUCUGUCCCCAUCUUGUGUGCCAUGUGUCCCUGAGGGUGAAUCACACCUGUGUCUGAGUCUGCUGUAAGGUGUCCAGUCUACCUCAAGGGGUCAUCAUGGCAAGCUCUGUCCACAUGGAAUCCUCUGUACAUGCCACACACACUGGAAUGUAUACCACCCCACCCCCCAUAAUCUCUUGACCCCAUCUUUCCCCAUAGUCACCACAGACUCCUAGUGCAAAUUGGAUGCUGCUUUAAAUGUGAAAAAAUUUGUUCAAAAGCUAUAAAAUCUGAAUGAAAGCUAAAGCUGAACUUAUAAGCCUUGUUGCGUAUGAGCCAAAAGUGCAAAAAGCUCUAUAUAAUGAACUAACCUGCCACUCGUAUAAAUAUAAAUAUAUAUAAAUAUAUUAAAAAUCAGACUGUUCUACAAAAUUGUGUAUUUGUAUUUUUGUGUACGUACAAUUUUCUGCUAAGCAGAAGGAGGGUGUAGUAUAGGGCGCUGUGAGAAGAGAUUUGGUUUAAUCCCAUUUCUUUGUUACUUAUUUUUGUUAACAUCAGAUGCCUGUCUUCGUCUUCUCUGUGUAUGACACUGUUUGGGAAGCUGCAGUAUCCUUCUUACCUAGGCCAGAGUCUGUGAUAAUAAAGCUGGGGCACAGGGAGGUAGGUGUAUGGCCACCACCUAACUGAAAGGGGGGCAGGCUUGCACCCCCGAGGCCAGGCAUAGUAUAGCAUUCUGACUUGUCUCUGGGAAGCAAACUCCCUUUUUAGAAACCAGUUUCCCAGAUAAGAUCACUGGGUACCCAGACCCAGGGAGCAAGGGGAGUCUUCUCUCCAUUGCCCAGGUGACUUUCCUAGCAUAGCUCCCAGCCCCCUGGCUACCACUGGGCCAUGUCUCCCAGGUAGCUGCUGCCUUUUUGGACAGGGUUACCAGAUGCCUCCCCUACCAGAGCUGUCACCAGAGGUCCAAUUCUUUACCUGGAGCAUCUCAGAACCCACUUUGCCGGUGCUAAACAGGAGAGGGGUUAGAGUGGCUGCCAAUAAUGGCCAGAACCAGCCCACCAGAGGCCAAGACAAGCUUGGGUGCCCACCGCUGCCCACACCCUCCCAGCCCCCUCCUGGCCCCUGGUGGAGCCUGCUCUAGGGAAUGAUACUGCACCUUCCCAGUAGGACUCAGAUUCUAACAAUGUGUGAUGACUGUAGCAAGAAGCCCUUGUUUCUCGAUGUAAAUGGUCAAAGAAACAAGUGCUCUACUGUAUUGAUUAAAUAGUUCCAAUGAGUCCUGUUUCAUUGUAUCUCCUAUUCUGGAUUAGUGCCUUUUGGACAGUAGACUGUUCUGUAAUUAAAAUGUAGUAUACUGCUUUUUUGUACAGUUUUGUUUUAACAAAACUUUUUUUUAAUUUGUGUUUAUUUUAGUAUUGUAUCUAUUAGAGAAUAAAAUGUAUAACUGAGCAAA